AUGGUUUCGUUCUGUGGGAUAUGCCCUUCUCAACACUGCCCACAAUUCCGCUCGGAAGUCUUCCUGGGCCAGUGCAGCCGGGGCUGUGGCAAGAUCUGCAUCUCUUAUCAGAGCACUCAUGGUGGUAUGGGUUGGUAUUCUUCAUGCCCUCCGUCCGGAGUGGGCCUCAACGGCAUCUGCAUCUCCAACCCUCCUCGUCCUCCAUGUUGGGGAUCCCAGUCUGCCCUGGACGAGACACCCCUGCUGUUCUGUUCCCUGAGACUAAACGUUUUACUAACAAAAACCAGGAACUACGCUGUAGGGAUUUUGGGGCUCCAUGAGGAAAUCCAGGACUUCUAUGCCUACAUGUCUCCGCGGCCGGAGGAGGAGAAGAUGAGGAGGGAGGUGGUGGAGAGGAUAGAGAGGGUCAUUAAGGACCUUUGGCCCACUGCUGACGUUCAAGUAUUUGGAAGUUUCAGCACGGGUCUCUAUCUACCCACCAGUGACAUUGACCUGGUGGUGUUUGUGAAGUUCAGGGAAGGAGACACCCUCCCUCUGUGGAGGUUAGAAGAGGCGCUGAGGAAACACAAAGUGGUGGAGGAGAAUUCUGUCAAAGUGCUGGACAAGGCCACGGUGCCAAUCAAACUGACAGACUCUCUCACGGAGGUCAAAGUUGACAUCAGUUUCAACAUGAAGAAUGCUGUCAAAGCUGCUGCCCUCAUCAAAGAUUAUAAAAAGAAAUAUCCUGUGCUUCCGUACCUGGUGCUAGUCCUGAAGCAGUUCUUAUUACAAAGAGACAUGAAUGAAGUGUUUACAGGAGGCAUCAGUUCCUACAGCCUCUUCCUCGUCGCUGUCAGCUUCUUACAGCUCCAUAGCAGGGAGAACGCAUGCAGUCCCAACGCCAACACUGGUGUCCUACUCAUAGAGUUCUUUGAGCUGUACGGCCGCCAUUUUAACUACCUGAAGACGGGGAUCCGGAUCAAGGACGGAGGCUGCUACCUCUCCAAAGACGAGGUCCAGAAGAGCAUGCUGGAUGGAUACAGACCUUCCCUGCUCUACAUUGAAGACCCACUGCAGCCAGGUAAUGAUGUGGGCCGUAGCUCAUACGGGGCCAUGCAGGUGAAGCAGGUGUUUGACUAUGCCUUCAUGGUGCUGAGCCACGCUGUGUCGCCCAUCGCUAAGUACCACUUCAACAACCACGGCGAGAGUAUACUGGGCAGAAUCAUCCGGGUGACUCAGGAAGUUGCUGAAUACAGAGACUGGAUCACCAUGAAGUGGGCUGCCCUAUCACUGAACUCCCUGGCCUUAAAAGGUAAUGUCACGUUGCUGGUUGAGGUUCAGGAGAUGGAGAAAUGCAUCAACAAUCUCUCUGAGGAAGGGGCAGAGUCCCCCAGCUCCUCCUCUCCUCCCCCCUCUUUGUCAUUCUCCUCGCCACAUUCUUCUUCAGCUAGCUCCAAUGACGCUGCGAGGCUCAUCUGCACCCAGUGCUGGAUUGACCAAUCACAGGGAUACAAGUUUCUCUUCCAGCAGCCGCGUAAGCCAGUCGAACAAGAGCACGGUGGACAGAGCGAGUUUGACGUCUUGUCAGAACAGCCAUGCCAACAAACAGCCAAGCACAGGAACAGGACAGUCAUCAGGCAGCAACAGCAGGAGCCACCGAGACAGAAAGCAGAGCUGUCCUGGCAGGAGGAGGAAACCCCAGCCAAAGCACCAAUGUAA